UAAUAUGGCUUCAAAAGAAGACCCAGAACAGCCCCUUGCACCGGCGGCUCACCGGAUUCCAAUUGAUCAUGAUAAUGAUCAUGAUCAUGAUUAUGAUGAGCUCCCGGUCCGGAAAGGAUGUCUGAAAUGCUGCGGCUGCGUAUCUGCUCUCCUCUUAAUUCUAUCACUUGUUUUAUUAAUCCUCUUCUUCACCCUUCUCAAACUCAAAGACCCAAUUCUAAAACUCAACUCAAUCUCCUUAUUAUUAUACGGCCUCAACAACACAAACCAAUUCAACAUUACCACCACCAAUUUCACUAUUCUAAUCGACGUUUAUGUUAAGAACCCUAACAUCGAAGCUUUCAAAUUUGGAAACAGUACGACGGAGAUCUAUUACGGGGGGAUGACGGUGGGUGGUAGCCGGAAUCCUGCUGGCGGGAUGAUUGUGGGAGCGGGGAGAACAGUGGGGAUGAACACGACGGCGGAGGUUAUGGGGUGGAAACUUAUGCAAGUUCCCAGGUUGGGAGACGAUCUGAGAACAGGGGAAAUUAAGGUUAACGGAUGUACGAGGGUCGGAGGGAAAGUGGAGAUUUUGAAUUUGAUAAAGAAGCAUGUAGUUGUGACCAUGAAUUGCACAUUCACUGUCAAUUUAAAUACAACGGAAAUUGAAGAUCAAGAUUGCCAUCAGAAGGUUUCUAGUUAG